AUGUCGGACAGCGCCCGUGCGAACAUCCGCCUUCCUGGCAAGCUGUUUGUGUUCGAGGGUAUAGACAGGUCGGGGAAGACCACGCAGCUGAAGCUGCUAUCGCAAAAACUGACUUCCGAGGGCAUCAGCCACCGGCUGCUCAAAUUCCCAUGUGUGGACACUAAGUGCGGCAAAGUGCUCGUGGAGCACCUGGCAUCGCGCGACGCUGUGCGUUCCCGCCGUGCCAUCCACCUGCUUUUCUCAGCAAAUCGCUGGGAGAUGAUGAAGGAGGUGGUGUCGACUCUGGAGUCAGGAACUCACAUUUUGAUGGACCGAUACGCAUUCUCCGGAGUGGCCUAUUCAGUGGGAGCUGAGAACCUCUCCUACGAGUGGUGUAUAUGGCCCGAUGACGGGUUGGUGAGCCCUGACCUUGUCAUCUACCUGGACAACCCGGCUACGGUCAGCGCUAGUCGCAGCAACUUCGGUAAGGCGCCCACGCAACCUUCCGCACAUGCUGCUCAAGGUGAGGAGCGCUACGAGGAAGUUUGCAAGCUGGAAGCAGUACGCCGUGUGUACGACCAGUUCCGCGUCCUGCCCUUCUGGCAGUGCUUCGACGCCACGCAGUCCAAAGAGGACCUCAGCAACGAGAUAUACGAGGCAAUAGCACCGGUUUUACGCAGCGAGCCCCGACGCCUGUCCGAUACCGACCUUCACUUGCCCCGGGACGUCACGUUGACCAGCAACGGCAGCGUGCACCUGCUGCCGCCCUUUGUUUGA